AUGGCGAGCACACUACGACGCCUUAGAGGCUCGGCCAAGAACGAAGAGGAGAUCGUGGAUUCUGCACGGCCAAACGAUGUGUCUGACGAGAAGUCAAUUAGUCGUGCGGACAUUGAUCCUGUCUACCUCGAUGACGAUGGUGAGGAACACUACAAGCUUCCUCCAGAGACUGCAGAAGACUUCGUCACGGAAGUCAUCCAUGCCCGCGAUGAUCCAACUCUAAAUCCGUGGACUUUCCGGACUUUCUUUCUAGGUAUUGGGUUGGCCUCUUUUGCAGCGAUUUUGGCCACUAUCUAUUACUUCAAACCUCAGACUGUGGUGGUGUCAACAGUAUUCCUAGCUGUUAUCAGCUAUGUUCUAGGCGAAGCAAUGGCAACAUUCAUACCCAGAAAAACUUGGCUUGGAAGGUUUCUCAACCCGCAUCCGUUCAACAGCAAAGAACAUGCUGCUAUCAUCAUUAUGGGCUCUGCGGCUGCCAAUGCCCCUGCGGCCAUCGAGUUACUAUCUGUCCAGAAGUUGUUUUACAACGAGGAGCCGAGUGCCGCUGUCGGGAUCUUUCUAGUCUUUGCUUCUCAAUGUCUAGGGUAUGGGAUUGCUGGACUUCUCCGUCGCACUCUGGUCUACCCAACAAAGAUGCUGUUUCCGAAUAAUCUACCAAUGGUCUCGCUCAUCGAAGCAUUGCACGGCGAGAAAAGUCAAGUCAAGAAGAAGCUUCGGGUCUUUUACAUUGGCUUCCUUGUUCUGUUCUUCUACGAAAUAAUUCCGGAAUUCAUCAUGCCAACUCUUGUGGGUAUAUCGAUCUUCUGUUUGGCAGAAAGAGAUAGUAUACUGUUUACAAAUCUCUUUGGCGGAUCCAAUGGUAAUGAGGGUCUUGGCAUUAUGGGCCUCUCAUUCGAUUGGCAAUACAUCUCCAACCCCAGCCCCCUCUGGUAUCCACUCCAAACGCUGUUCAACAGUUUCGUAGGAUAUGUGCUCUGUGUGGGCGUUUUUACUGGUGUAUAUUAUGGUAAUAUCUGGCGUGCCCAAGACUUCCCAUUCCUCAGUCAGCUGCUCUUUACCGGCGCAUCAAACGGAACCAACUUUGUUCAAUACAAUCAAACCGCGAUUUUGAAUGCCAAUGGAGAGGUCGAUCCGGUUCUCCUUGCUCAAGAAGGGCUACCUUACUUCGCUGUCACCUUUGCGCUCUACAUCCUUGCAACCAACUUGUCUAUCACAGCCACAUUUACACAUAUAUGUCUUUGGAAUUGGGACGAUAUCAAGUCUGCUCUGGACUUUAUAUCACUUUCAAAUAUCAUACAUCUGCUCAGUCCCUGGAGAUGGAAUUGGAGAUUCUGGACAGCCAAAGAUUCGAGAAGUGGAAUUGCUGACACAGAAGAUGAUCCUCACUUCCGACUUAUGAUGCAGUACAAAGAUGCUCCUGAUUGGUGGUAUGGAAUUGUUCUCGUUAUCUGUGUUGCGCUCGGCUUCACUAUGAUGUACUUGACAAACUCUACUUUGCCAUGGUGGGCUUUCUUCGUUGCUUGUGGACUUUCUUGCAUCUGCAUUCUGUUCUUUGGUGCUCAGUAUGCCAUGACCGGCUAUCAAUACAAUACGCAGCCCGUCAUUCAGAUGAUUGGUGGAUAUCUUCACCCUGGAUAUCCCAAGGCCAACAUGUUCUUUGUGGUUUUCGGAUAUAACAGCGUUUGGCAAGGGCAAUUGUUGCUGAGCGACUUGAAAUUUGGACAGUACACACAUUUGAGUCCUCGUGCUACCUUCACCAUGCAGAUAGGUGGAACAAUCGUUGGCAGUAUUUUCUCAUAUAUCCUCAUGUCCUCGAUCACCACAAACCAACGAGACAUCCUGCUUUCUAUCGAGGGCUCCAACAUCUGGUCCGGACAGGCACCUCAGAACUACAACUCGCAAGCCAUUGCGUGGGGUGGCUUGGCAAAAGAUCUCUUCUCGGCAGGCGGAAUCUACCAAUGGGUCAACUUCGCAUUCUUGAUCGGAUUCACGUUGCCGGUGCCUUUCUGGAUCGCUCACAAAUACUUCCCGAAAAUGAGAUGGGACUACUGGAACACUGCAAUCAUCGCGAACUUCAUCGGUUUGCUCUAUGUGGGUAUCAACAGUGUCACGAUGCCAUGGUUUUAUGUUGGGGUCAUCUCUCAAUUCUAUAUGAGAAAAUAUAGACCGAAUUGGUUCAUCAAGUACAACUACAUUCUUUCGGCGGCCAUGGAUGGUGGGACACAAGUACUAGUUUUUAUCCUAUCGUUCGCAGUGUUUGGCGGCGCUGGAAAUCCCGUUACUUUCCCUCCAUAUUGGGGCAACAACUUCAACCAAGGAAAUCUCGACUAUUGCAUGCUGAAUCCUUAUAUCGGUAGUUAG